AUGGAAGAUUCACUGCCGGGGAGAGGAGUUCGAGUUCAGGUGAUUGGUUCUCGCAAGGAUAGGGAUAGAAUUCCUGGAAUUGAUAUAGCUCUUGAUGAUGGAGAUGCAUGGAUGUUUGCAGGUCAUCAGGUGCUUGUAAUGGAGACCCCUGGCCACACAAAAGGUCAUGUAAGCUUUUACUUUCCAGGGUGUGGAGCAAUAUUUACAGGUGACACCCUCUUUAGCUUGUCAUGUGGAAAACUCUUUGAAGGAAACCCUGAGCAGAUGCUUUCUUCACUUCAAAAAAUCAUGUCCUUGCCGGAUAACACGAAUGUAUACUGUGGCCAUGAAUAUACUUUGAGUAAUUCAAAGUUUGCCUUAUCCAUAGAACCCAAGAACGAGCAUCUGCUAAAAUAUGCUGCGGAAAUCUCUCAACUGCGCGGCCAGAAUCUUCCAACGAUUCCAACAACACUGAAGAGAGAGAAGCAAUGCAAUCCAUUUUUGCGAACCUACAGUGAAGAAAUCCGGCACAGCUUGAACAUACCACCCACUGCCACUGAUGCUGAAGCAUUGGGAAUCAUUCGCCGAGCAAAGGACAACUUCUAAGUUGGAGUUAAUUUCAAUCUUGUUCUUUUUAACAUAAUGGUAAAUUCUGGCAGCCUUUACUCCAUGUUAUUACGGGAAGAAAGUUGGAGAAAUUAUAAUGUGCAGAUAUUAGACCGUUUGGAGACGAAUUAGAAUGUGCCACAUCAACCGGUACACAACAAAAAAGUGAAGUGGCUCGCUCUGAUUCACCUCUCUGGAUGGCAUCCAUAUCCACACAGAAUAAUAUAUCUGAAAUAUGAUCACUUUACCAUGUGUUUAUAAUGAAGUUCUCAGUUUGGUUGUUGCAGUUGUCUCUAUAAUGAUGUAGGAGCCAUUCCUCUACAGAAUGGUAAGAAUUUUUUUUUC